CAGAUUGAUAAUAUACAAUUUGACAAAAUUAUGUCAUACAUUGAUAAAGGCAAAAAACAAGGUGCUCGAUUAGUUACUGGAGGAUAUCGAAUAGGAGAGAAAGGUUAUUUUAUUCAACCAACAGUGUUUGCAAAUGUAACUGAUGAAAUGUGUAUAGCAAAGGAAGAGAUCUUUGGUCCAGUUCAAUGUAUUUUAAAAUUUGAUACAUUAGACGAAGUAUUUGAACGUGCUAAUGCCACACAUUAUGGAUUAGGUGCUGGUGUAUUCACAAGUGAUAUGGAUAAAGCAAUGCGAGUUGCUCAAUGUGUAGAAGCUGGCAGUUUUUGGAUCAAUAGUUAUAAUAUUAUUUCGCCUCAAACUCCUUUCGGUGGUUUUAAAAUGUCUGGAAUGGGUCGUGAAUUUGGAAAAGAAGCACUGGAUGGUUACCUACAAACGAAAGUGAUUUCUAUGCCGAUUUCGGUGAAGAAUUCUUGAAAUUUAUGACAGUUUUUAUUGUUGCUAUUUAAUAUUUCUGUGGACGCAUACAUAAUUUUUUGAUAUGAAUGUGGUUCAUUGUUUUAUUAUUUUAUCAUUGAUAACAACUAAUUACAAUAAAUAUGCAAAUAAAUUUGAACAAAGUA